AUGGAGCGCUGCAGAUUGUCCAAGUCCAUCCGUACAGAGUUGCGACGCGAGAUGUUGUGGAAGGCGCGUUUGCGAGACCACGGCAUCAAGCUUGAUGGUGCCACCAAUUUGACCGAAAUUCGCUUUGCUGACGAUUUAAUGCUGUAUGCCAAGUCGUGGCAAGAGCUUGUUGUCAUGCUGGAGUCAUUGAAGGUUGAGUUGGCGUUUGUUGGUUUAUCGUUGCAUGCAGCGAAAACUCGCAUCUUCACAACUGCCACUUCGCCUGAUACCUCUUUCAUCGACGUUGACGGUAACAUGAUUCCAGUUCUAAGUGACGACGACGCACAUUUGUAUGCUGGACGGAAAGAACGCGGGGACCUUCAACGUCGGUCUGUAACAGAAUUGGCACAUCGCAUCAGUGCAGCAUGGAGCAAAUUCAAUAAGUUGAGGCGUGUACUCGAGAACACGCAUUUGUGCAUCAAAGGCAAACUGAAGCUUUUCAACGCCGCGGAGACGAUGCGACGCAUGAACGCUCGGGUAUCGUUUGCUCUCCAACAACAUCCAAUGCUUCCUUGGUCCAGCGCCCAUUAUGCCAAUCAACACCGGUUCGUGAUGAACCUGACUGUCACGAAUGCCUAG